AUGUCCGUAGUGAAUUGUGCACUUAAUAAUGAUUGGAAUACGCUAUAUUCAUUCAAUGACGGCAAGAUAUACAUACACUUGAAGAAUAACGACUUAGUAUCGUUGAAUUUUUCAGUUUCUGGGUUUGAUAACAUUGAAGAGUCCAGGUACACCGAGAAGCAGUUGAACUUGCAAAACGGGCAACAGAUUGAAAAGUUGGCCACACCUCCGGCAAAUACGUCACUCGUGUUGGUUAGGGAGGGAUUGUACGGGUUUAAUGCAGUUGCGGAGGCAAGUGGUAGUAAUGAUAAGUGUGGAGGGGGCGUACUAAAUUUAAUGAAGUAUGAUCGAGAUGCCGACCAGUGGGAAACAAUAUCAGGACUUGAUUACGACGAAAUCGCCGACGCUUCUUUCUAUCAACAUUCGACAUAUUUGAGUACUCCUAACGACGAUAGUAUAUACAUAUAUGGUGGAGUUUGCGAUUCGACAGACGAAGUUUCGAAUCGAAUGAUUUCCUUUGAUGCUAAGCAACUAAAGUUUUCCAAUAUAACCACUUCUACAAAACCACAGGCAUUCUACGGUGCUACUAACUUAUUGGCACCAAAUCCACAGACUCAAUUGGUAAUUGGAGGGCAAAGUAAUAAUGGGUGGUUAAAUAUGUAUCAAUUGGCGACAUGGGACUUUUCGUCUGGAUGGUCAUUCAAGCAAAUUUCUGAUGCAGAAAAGUCUACCGAGGUGAAUUCAAGAAGAUAUCCAUUAGCAUUACCCAUUUUUGAGCCAUUGAUGAACAAUUCAAACGAAGCCUUUACCAAUUUUUAUAACGUAAAAGAGGUGUUAUUGAUAGGAGGUGAAUUAUUAGACACAGAUUCUACACCAGUAUUUGCCAAAUUAUCAACAAGUACUAACUCGUGGACCUGGAAUUCUGCUGACACUAGCAAAUUGGACUAUGAUGAAAUUUUGGGUGGAGUAACUAUAUUUGAUACAUUGGUCAUUAUUAACUCGACUAAGGCAGUAAGCAAAAGAGAUACUUCCGAUCAGUAUACAAUCAGCUUGUAUAAUGUUGAUUCCUUUGAAAAAGUUGGGAGCAUUAAAGAUAACACUGUAUUGAAAGGCUCAGGCAGCGAUCGCUCAGAUGUUACAAAAAAAGCAGUAUUAGGUACCGUAUUACCAGUAUUUGCAAUUGCAAUGGCUAUAAUGACAGCAAUAUUUAUUAAAAGAAAGCGGAAACAAGAUUCAGGCGAUGAUAACAAUGAUAUUGAUUAUCAAUUUGGCACAUUUUAUGACCAGGAGUCUGCAUUAAGCCAAAGGGCUAGAUUGAAGUCGGACCCAUUUGAUAACGAUACAAGUUCCACUUUGGAUGCCGCAUCUAUAGAUUCAUGGUUCAAGAAAAGACAACAAUUCGACGAAAAAAGAACAAAAACCAUACGAAACAGCUACCUUGCUUCAAACGAUACCCUCAGUAGUAACUCGUCUCAUCUAACCAGAUCCACCGAACACGAUCAAGAAAAAUUGGAAAACGAAAUCAUAUCAAAGCCUCAGCCAACACCAUUGCAGACUAAUUUAGUCAAUAGAUCUGUCUCUAAGUUGAAAAAAUCAUUUUCUAUGUCCAGCACUCCGACCACUCCAGUACUCAGCCACGAAUAUGGAUCCCUAAAGAAAAAGAAAAGCACCAGCACCUUGAAUCAUAAGCCCAUAUCUACCAGGCCAUUCAGUGACGAUGAGGCUGAUGCCAAACCGGCCAAUAUUACGGACCUUGACAGUUCACGCGAAAACAUAAAUGAUGAAGAUUCUGAUUCCGAUGCAUCCGUUGAUGCUAAAAUGGAUGUUCAAGUAUUGGUAUCGUCGAAAAGAAGAUCGGUAUUAAGAGUAGUGAAUCCUGAUUUGGAGACGAUCAAUGAUGAAAAUGAAGAAAAUGAAUAUUUAGAGAAAGAUCAUGAGGAUAACGCUUCAUUAAAUAAUGACCGUGGGGAUACAAGUAUACGACAAAGGGUUCCAUCAGGCGAUAAAACGUUAGAGGAUGAUUAA